UUUCUCCCCGCUCCAUUUCUUCUCCAAAGCCCUAACCCGAUCCCUGUUUUUCCCACAUGCAUGAUGAAUUCAUGGAGAUCACAGAAGAGCAGCGAAAGCGAGCCGAAGCGAACCGUCUCGCAGCCCUAGAAAAGCGUAAAGCAGCCCUUGAAUCUGCUAAACAAUCAGACCCAUGGAAGCUCUUCAAGUGCCGAAAGGUCUCUCGCGAAUCCACCAGCGCAGCUACCGCCAUCCAUCCUCCCAAGCCCCAAAACGCGUCAAACGAUGCGUUCUUGAAACCCCAUUUGACUGAAAAGUUUCGGGUCAGGCUCGAAAUCUGCUCUCCAGACUCGUUCUCGAUCACGCCCAAGGCGGUGCAUGGUUUUGCGUACCCUGGAGAAGCUGAGUGCUUGCAAAGACUGAAUGAUUGUCUUGCAAACGUUGUGCCAUCGCACUACACACAAAACCACAGUGGUGGAAAAGCUUGCGUCUACAAACUUGGGGAUUAUGAUGCAGUUUUGAGAUGCUUGAAAAAUUCCAAGGGCAUUGAAUUUGAAGAGAUACCUUGGGGAACUUUCAAUGUUGUUGAGAGGCUUUCACAUUCCUUUGUAUUAGAGCAGUGGAUGCCAUGCAGACUGGAACAUUUGUCUGAUGAUAAGGUUGAUGAAUUGAUAGGGAUGCUACCUAAAAGGUUGUUAGAUGCACUUUUGCCUUUCCAACUUGAUGGUGUAAGAUUUGGUCUGAGAAGAGGUGGUCGGUGUCUAAUUGCCGAUGAAAUGGGGCUUGGGAAAACACUCCAGGCCAUUGCUAUUGCAUCCUGUUUCAUGAAUGAGGGGCCUAUACUUGUUGUUUGCCCAGCUAUUUUGCGAUUUUCAUGGGCAGAAGAAUUGGAGCAUUGGCUUCCCUUUUGUUUGCCUGCUGAUAUCCAUCUUGUUUUUGGUCAUCAAAAUAAUCCUGCCCACUUAACAAGGUGUCCAAGGGUUGUGGUUAUCUCUUAUACAAUGCUUCACCGUUUGCGAAAGAGCAUGCUUGAACGAGAAUGGGCUCUCUUAAUAGUUGAUGAAUCUCAUCAUUUACAAUGUACAAAGAAAAAAUCUGAACCUCAAAAGAUAAAAGCUGUCCUUGAUGUGGCGAUGAAGGUCAGACGCAUAGUUCUACUAUCAGGAACUCCUUCUUUGUCAAGGCCAUAUGACAUUUUUCAUCAGAUAAACAUGUUAUGGCCUGGUUUGCUGGGAAGGGACAAAUAUGAGUUUGCAAAAAUUUAUUGUGCUGUCAAUUUUGUCCGGGGUUCUCAAGGAAAAGUUUUCCAGGAUUUCUCAAAGGGCAUUCGUUUGGAGGAGCUGAAUGUGUUACUUAAGCAAACUGUUAUGAUAAGACGUUUGAAGGAGCAUGUUCUGGGAGAGUUACCACCCAAACGCCGGCAAAUUAUAAGAUUGUUGUUGAAGAGAGCAGAUAUUGAUUUCGCUAUAGCUGCCACUAGGGUCACCAAAUGUGAUGCUUCAGAAAAUAAUGUGGCUGAAGAGAAGCCUUCAGAUAAUAAACCUGAUGAUAGUGGUGGUGCUCACAGUUCUUCAAAGAAACUUUCAAAUCAACAACUUGGUAUUGCAAAGCUCUCUGGAUUUCUCGAAUGGCUUUCUUUUCAUCCAAUUGUUGCAGAUUCAGAUGGUGUGGCAAGUUUGGAUAUGAAGCCCAGAUGUCUUAAAAUGAUCAUUUUUGCUCAUCACCUUAAGGUUCUUGAUGGAAUACAAGAGUUCAUAUGUAAGAAAGGGAUUGGAUUUGUCCGCAUUGAUGGGAACACACUUGCCAGAGAUAGACAAUCAGCUGUAUUGUCUUUCCGGUCAUCAACAGAGGUGAAGAUUGCAAUAAUUGGUAUAACUGCUGGGGGUUUUGGACUUGAUUUCUCAUCAGCCCAAAAUGUUGUGUUUUUGGAACUUCCUCAGUCCCCAUCUAUAAUGCUUCAGGCCGAGGAUCGAGCUCAUAGGCGAGGUCAAACCAAUGCAGUCAACAUAUAUAUUUUUUGUGCAAAGGAUACUAUGGAUGAAUCACAUUGGCAAAAUCUGAACAAAAGUCUGCAUCGUGUUUCAUAUACAACAAAUGGGAAAUAUGAUGCUAUACAAGAACUAGUGGCUGAGGAUAUUUCUUAUCUAGAAACAUCUUGUAAAACUGAUAGAAGUUGUGAAAUUAGGGAUGUGGGUUAUGCAGCAGGUUGUGAUAUCUCUACUAAGCUAAUAAAGUUAUCAAACACUGGCUUAGCUCAGGACAUGCAGCCUCGUGAAGCAUAUAUCAAAGUAUCUGAAACAAUAAACGAUAGAUUGGAAAAACAUGGUGAAACUGGUGGCUGUUCAACCCGUAUUGAUAAUCUUCAAACUAAGGCUGAUACUGUCCCUGAUAUAGAAAUGCAGGAAGUUUCUGUUUCAAGUGGAGAAUUAGAAGGAAAUGCUGUUACCCUUGGCAGAGUUUCUUUUUGCAAGUUGAGCAGAGAAAGUGAAGAUGAGGAUAAAAUGCAUAAGGCAGACAAUAUCUUUCCUGAAACAUCACUAGUAGAUGAUGGUGAACCUGUUCAGAAAAUUGACAUGGGUGAGAGUUACCCUAACCAAGUGGACUUUCUGCGCUUUGAGGUGAGCCAAUAUACUGGAAGGAUCCACUUAUAUUCUUGCAUUCCAGGGAUAGAUUCAAGACCAAGGCCACUUUUUGAGAAUUUCCGACCAGAGGAACUUGAUCCACUACAGUCAACUGGUGUUGACAAUAGCAAGAAGACAACCCUCAUACCUGUGAAGGACAACCCAGCAUACAGGGAUGUCCUUUUAGCAUUCGUCAAGGAGUGGAACAAUUUAAGGCCCAUCGAACAAAAAAAAUUGCUUCAAAAGCCUCUGCAACUUCCUUUAACUGUUGAAUUGUGCUACCUGAGUGAAGGCAUUAACCACAGUAGUGGUGGACUGCUGAAGAGGGGAAGUAAGCGACGUACUACACCUUUGGGUGAUAUAAGCUAUCCUUUACCAUCAAAUGCAGUCUGGAAGAAGGUCUAUCUUUGUAGUGGCUAUGGGAAAAGAGUGAAAGAGUAUACUCAGGGUUGGACCUUGAUGGAUGAGCCACUCUGUAAACUCUGUCAAACACCUUGCAAAAACAGCAAUGCCAAGACACCUGAUUUUUUUGAGGAUCUUUUUUGUUCUUUGGGGUGCUAUGAAGAAUAUCGUAUAAGAACAAGUAACAGAUCCCUUCGCCAGGAACUUUUCCAAAUAGAGCAUGGCAUUUGCACAAGUUGCCAAUUAGACUGCCACAAGCUUGUGCAGUACAUAAAACCUUUAUCAUUGACAGGGCGACGGGAGUAUAUUGAGAAAGUUGCACCAAGGUUGGCAGUGCGGAAAAAUUUACUGGAUAAGCUUGUUAAUGAACCAACUGAAGGCAAUGCAUGGCAUGCAGACCACAUUGUUCCUGUGUACCAAGGGGGAGGUGAAUGCAGGCUAGAGAACAUGAGGACUUUGUGUGUGGCUUGUCAUUCGGAUGUUACUGCAGCACAAUGUGCUGAACGUCGAUCAGUAAGAAUCAAGGCUAAGAAACAACUCAAAGUCAUCAUGAACAGCCUAAAAGAUGAUGCAAAGAUGAAACACACCUGCGGUAAUUCAAAGAAUCAAGGGCAUUUGGAGAUUCACGAGGAUAUACUGGAAGAUGAGCUUCUAAUCAAGGUUCCUGGAAGUGCAUACUCUGGACAGAAAAGCACCACCACUGUAGGUGAACUCGAGGAGCUAAGUCCUUCAAAGCUUAAUAAUUCGGAAACCCAUUGUGAAGCAUCAACAGGCAGUAUCUGAAUCAUUUCCCAUGUGGCUGUUGUAUCCUGCAGAUUAAAUGAGUUUGAUGAUGAGAAAUUUUGUAUUGGAAGCAUGCAUUGCUAUGACUGAGAUUCUAUGGAAUGCUGGGUUGAUGCAGGGCUAUUCCAAUGAUACUGAUGGUAAAUAUUUUGUAUCUUUUAUCAUUAGAUAAGACUUCAAUUUCCCUAGUGGAACCUGCAGCAAGCUGUACAAGAAAAAGGAUCAGGGUUCUGAUUUUUACCAUGUUAAAUUUGAGUUUCCGUGAUUUGUAUUAUUUCCCGUGUUCGGAUUGAGUUGGCAUACAUCUUUGUACCCCAGCCAAGACUCAACUCAACAAUUAUCAAUUCAAAUUCUAUACAAAGCAAUUUAACUGCCA